AUGGAAGAGGUCAAAUUAGUGCAACUCAGCCCUAACCACAAGGAAAUAGUAGUUAAAUAUCCCGAGAGUACUUCCAAUGCAGCGAAACGAUCACACUGGUCGAAGAAUUGUGAUUUUGUCUUGUCGUUCCUGGGAUAUACAAUCGGUCCAGCCAAUAUCUGGAGAUUUCCGUAUCUUUGUGCUAAAAAUGGCGGAGCGGUAUUCCUGAUCCCAUUUGCUAUAUUUAUGUUAUUAUUUGGUUACCCCUUGACGUUACUGGAACUAUCUCUAGGACAGUAUUCUGGUAAAAGUGCUUAUGACGUCUGGAAUAUCUGCCCGGCUUUAAAAGGAAUGGGUAUAGCAAUGAAUGGAAUAUCGGCUAUAUUUGGAAUGUACCACACUAUGAUAUUGUCAUGGAUCCUGUAUUAUUUAUACCAUUCUUUUCUCACGCCUCUACCCUGGACUAAUUGUGAUAACUCGUGGAAUACAGAACAUUGUAUCGUCAGUCACAGAAUUACCGUGAACACAACUAAUUCCACUGAUACCAACUCGACUCUCAGUGGACUGGGUAACAAUUUACUGAAAAUGUCUUCCGGUUUAGAGGAGGUCGGAACAGUCCAGUGGCAUCUAGUGGUAACUCUAGCAGUGGGCUGGAUUCUCAUAUUCUGCUGUAUUAUAAAAGGCAUUAAGACUGUUGGCAAGGUAGUAUAUGUGACAGCGAUUGGACCGUUUAUUCUUAUAACUAUCAUCAUGAUCCGGGCUGUAACUCUACCUGGGGCUAUAAUAGGAAUAGAAUAUUAUAUUAUACCGGAUUUCUCUAAACUAGCUGAUAUACAGGUGUGGGUUCAAGCCUUACUACAGAUAUUUUAUUCUAUGGGUAUUGGAUGGGGUGCAUUUAUUACACUAGCUAGUUAUAAUAGAUUUGAUAGCAAUGUUUAUAGGAACACUGUAUUAUUCUGUAUAGUAGGAGAAGGUACCAGUUUCUAUGCAGGUUUUGUUGUUUUCUCAGUAAUGGGUUUUAUGUCGGUAAAUACUGAUAAACCGGUUGAUGAGGUCGCCGCGGCAGGUCCCGGGCUUGCAUUUGUUACCUACCCAGAAGCUUUAAGUCAGAUGCCCCUCCCUCAAUUAUGGUCCGUUCUAUUUUUCUUAAUGUUGCUUUUAGUUGUCCUCGAUUCUUUGUUUGUCAGUUUGGAGAUAAUUUUAACAGCUAUAAUAGAUGUCAUACCAACAGCAACCACUAAAACUAGAAUAUUGGUAACAGCUAUUGUUUGCUGUUUGAUGUUUCUAGGAAAUAUUCUAUAUACUACACAGGGUGGUAUUUAUAUGUUUCAACUAGUAGACUGGUAUAUGGCCUCUAUAUCAGUUUUCAUCAUAACAUUUUUAGAAUGUAUCGUUGUAGCAUGGAUUUAUGGUGUAGAGAGGUUUUUUGGUGAUAUUGAGUUAAUGACGGGGAGAAGACCAUCUGUAGUUAUGAACAUUUUAUGGCGGUUUGUAACUCCGAUUAUUUUAGUGACUAUAUUUAUUUUUACACUAAUUGGGUUUAAGCCGCCGACCUACGGUGAUUACACCUACCCAUGGUUUACUGGUUAUAUAGGGUGGAGUAUAGCCCUGGUUACAUCUAUACCAAUACCGGUCUGGAUAAUCAAAGAACUUCUCAACCAUGAAGGCACACUUGUCCAGGUAACAAAUCAAACAAUACACUACUUAAAGGGAUUAUCACAAAGGUCCUUAAAACCCGAUCAGAUCUAA